AUUGGGACAAUUUAUGCCUCUAGCACUAGCCCGAGUCAAUUUCUUAUCAGGACCCUGAUGACAUGGUGAUAAUUGGAAUGACGCAGUAAUUAAUUCAUUGAUUGGGAGUGGAAAAUGGCAGAUCCCACAGGUGAAACGGCAUCAGCACUUGAACAAUUCCGACAAGAAUGGAAGAACGAAGUCGAAGCACGAGCGCGACAUGCGGGACAAGGGUCACAGAAUCAACAUGAACACACUCGAUCCACUGCCGGCAAGGCCAGGAGAACCAGCGAGGUACGGCUAGAGCGACCAGUUCACAAACCACCGACUCGCCACCCAGCGGCGGAUAUUCAGGAUGAGUUGGACGAGCAGCACAGAGAGGCUGAUACGCAGCGGCGCGACUCUGGCGGCGCCGCCAAUACCAAUGCCAGUACCAGCAUGAUCCAACGCAUCGAGGGACUCAGUCUCCGACACGUGGACGACGAUGAAUUCAGCAUCAAGCGACCGACCACCGAACCGAAAUCAGCGCUCGAACACUAUGAACGAGCCGUGGAACGAGAAAGCCAGGGAAAACUUGGUGACAGUAUUUCACACUAUCGCAAAGCCUACCGUCUGGAUGCCAAAGUCGAUCAAUCAUACCGCAACAAACACUUCCCAGCAAAAUCAAAACCAACUAACCAACUCAACCCGUCCAAUGCCCCGGCCACAGUCCCCAAUCCAGCCCACCACUCCUCGAAAGAUCCCCCCACUGAGACACUAUCUACCUUACAGCUCAUUCAGAGCUUUGCCAAUGCUCCCAUUCAAGGAGCUCCGCCUAUGAUUGAGGGGGAUAUCCCUCCUCCAUGCGCCAUCAAUCGACUCCCGGCCGAAGUCCUGCUAGAACUACUUCAACAUGUCGGCAUCCGUGAUCCUGCAUUGAUGAUGCGACUGGCGCUGGUAUGCAAGAAACUGGCAUACAUGGUCUACACCGACAACGGCAUGUGGAAGAGAAUUGCAUUAGGACCCGAAUUUGGUCUCGCGGGCCAACAGUAUCAAUUUGCGACUGAUCUACAGGGCCGUGAGGCCAUCUAUCAGGUCCUCGAGGACGACGAGGACGAAUAUGACCCCGCACUUUCUAUCGUGACGGAAUCAAACUUUCCAAGCGACACGGUCUGGAGGGAUGUGUUUCACAGUUAUCCUCGCAUCCGCUUCACGGGGGUUUAUAUCUCAACCGUCAACUAUUCACGGCCCGGUGGAGCUUCGGCGACGCCCAAUACCUGGAGCAAUCCCGUCCAUAUUGUCACUUAUUAUAGGUAUCUUCGAUUCUUCCGUGACGGGACGUGUAUAUCGUUGUUGACGACCAAUGAGCCAAUCGAGGUUGUCCAUCAUUUGACGAAGGAAAAUUUGUCCUUUGUGAGAUCGUCGGGCAAGAAGGAUGCCAGUCACUUGACGUCUUCGGCGACGACUUUGACGAGGGAGAGGGAAAGUGCAACUCAUCAUGGCAAUACAGCCACAUCUGGGACUUCCGCAACUUCACAUGCUCCGCCUCCCUCAGCUCAACAGAUCAUGAAGCAUGCUCUGCGCGGCCGCUGGCGUUUGUGCCACCCAAGUCUCGAGACGCCCACCGAGGCCACUGACCUCGCGGAUCAAGGUGCGGCAUCGAUUGCUGGCGCUACCGCUCUAAGGGCUGAUGCCCUGUCCCUGUCAUCGCCUAGUCCGAUCAUCUCCCCUGGCGAUCUACACAUUGAAACCGAGGGCGCAGGCCCUCGAUAUAUGUAUACGAUGCACCUAUCGUUGAAAUCAGCGGGACCCGUGCGGUCCCGCCACACGACCAAGAAUAACAAGUUGGUGUGGAAGGGGUUCUGGAGUUAUAAUGUCUUGACCAGUGACUGGGCCGAGUUUCACCUCAAGAACGACAAGCCCUUUUUCUUCAGUCGGGUCAGAGGGUAUGGUUUGGGGUACUGACUGACUGACCGGAUAGCGGGGCAAGCAUGCAGAGUUGUCUGAUAGAUAGAGUACCCAGUGAAUGCGCCGCGCGGUUGUAGAGAAAGAGGAGCAAGGGAACGUGGUCUGCGCGGCGGACUAGGAGUAGAAUCCCAGCCGGCUCCAGUGGCCGGAUCCCUGAAGGCUCUGGGCGAUGACUUCAAUAGAUUUAGAAAUUCCAUUUGCC